GAAUAUAAAUGGGCCAGGCCCACCUGUGUCUCAACUCCAAGAGCGCCAAAAAGGUGGUGUUCAAAAUUCCUCGAACAUUCUCUCUCGUCUCUCUCUCCCUAUCUCUGCUACUGCUAGCACAAUGGUCCGUGGCUUGGGAGAGUAGAGUAGUAGUAGUCGUAGUGCCAUCCCAAUGAUCCAUUGCAGGCUCUCCCCAUUCAUGUAGAGCUCCUUUCAUGGAAGCAAACCCUUAAACCCUAAUGCCCUUUCUUCCAGCUAGUCUUCUUCGCCUGAUUUCGUUUCCCAUUUGGCUCUAAGAUGCCGCUGAGAUCCGGCCAUGGACAGGGAGGUUGACCUUCCACCCCCAUUCGCACCGGCGAGGGAUCUCACCCGUCCGAUCAAUCCUGAUUCUACCUCGUCUUCGUCUUCCUCCUUCUCUUCUUCUUCAUCUUCCUCCUUCUCUUCUUCUUCAUCUUCUCCCCCUGGCUUACUCCGACACUUUCAAGCCGCCUUCAAGCGACAUCGCCCUAUUGUUUCAGGUGUGAUGCAGUCAAAUAGCAUAGGGCCUAGACGGAUUUUAGUUCCUCAACGAGCAGUGUCCACAAAAUCAGCAUCCAGUUUAGGUCAUCUUGAUGACAGCAGGAAGUCUAGAGAAGUAGUUUCUGUAAGUGAGGAUCAUACUGUUAGAGAUUCAAUCAUGCAGAAGAGAACUACCAACAUUGCCAAAGAUAGUCAGGAAGAUGAAUCAAGUACACCGUCUUCCAUUUCAGGGACUAUUACCAAAGCCUUUGAUGACAACUUAAAUCCAUAUGACGGACAGAGAGAUCAAGUCAAGUCCGAGACUGGUUGUAAAGACAACCCAAAGUCUCUGUCGCAUGUGGAAUCUCAAUACAUUGAUGGUGGUCAGAAAAAAGUCCAAUUUUCAGAAGCAAGCAAGGCUAUUUCUCAGGGGGCCGAUCAUCUUAUGGCCACUGGAUUGGAGAACUUACAAUCUCAUAUGAGUUCACUUGCAUUGACAGAAAUGGAAUGGGUUGCAGGCAAUCAAGGAGAGGCAUCAACGGUCAUUAAUCAUGAGAUGAAGCAUCAGAACACAGAAUGUGAUAUCACAUCGAGAUCUGAUGGUGGGAUUUCUUCUCUAUUGUCAAAGAGAACGACAGCUGUUCAGGAUCAGUUGCACCAUUUCAGAAACUUCUUUAGCCAGCCUAACUCUCAAUCUUCAGUUGCAGGGCCAUCGUGUGCCACAACCACAUCUGUCCAUUCAGCUUCAGCACCCAUAGCUAAUCAGACAACUUUUUGCUCCCGUGUGCAUUGUGAUUCGCAUGCAGCACUGGAACCCAUGGGGGAUUUAAAUGUAAAUUCUCAUCCUGCAACUCAAGGGAAAAUAAUGCAGCAAUCAAAUCCAUGUUUAAAGGACAACAGUCGAGCACUAAAUGACCAGAUUGCUAUUGCAGCUCAAUCUUCCACCUCCGCAGUUGAUACUCAAAUGGAGAGUAAGGAAUAUGAAAUUUCUAAGGUGCAGCAAGGCCGAGUGCUAAAGGAAAGUGGCUCUGCUGGAGAUUCUUCUCUUCUUGAUGAUAGACCAGAUGAAGGGAAACAAUUAACUGCUGGUGCUAUUGAUUUUCAAUCUCAUAUUACAUCAUCCAAAAGCUUAUCUUCUAAUGUGAAGUCUGAGCAUUCUAAAUCAGAUAAACAAGAUAGGGUUGCAGGUGCUAAAGGUGCAUCAGUUCAUCGUAAAAGAAAUUAUGAUCCGGACUUGUUUUUUAAAGUUAAUGGGAAGCUCUAUCAAAGGCUUGGCAAGAUAGGUAGUGGAGGAAGCAGUGAGGUCCACAAAGUCAUCUCAUCAGACUGUACAAUCUAUGCACUUAAAAAAAUCAAGCUCAAAGGACGUGAUUAUGCCACUGCUUUUGGAUUUUGUCAGGAAAUUGAGUAUUUAAAUAGGUUGAAAGGAAAGCACAAUAUUAUACAGCUCAUAGACUUUGAGGUGACAGAUAAAGCUUUGCUUCAGGAAGUAAUGAAUGGAUCCAUGAAUAACAAGGAUGGCAGAGUCAAGGAUGAUGGAUAUAUUUACAUGGUGCUUGAAUAUGGGGAGAUUGAUUUGGCUCACAUGCUUUCCCAGAAGUGGAAAGAACUUGAUGGCUUCACCAACCAGACCAUAGAUGAGAACUGGCUUCGAUUCUACUGGCAGCAAAUUCUUUUAGCAGUAAACACUAUACAUGAAGAGCGUAUUGUUCACUCUGAUUUGAAGCCAGCUAAUUUCCUUCUGGUAAAAGGCUCUCUAAAGUUAAUUGAUUUUGGUAUUGCCAAAGCCAUAAUGAGUGAUACCACAAAUAUUCAAAGGGAUUCACAGGUUGGUACAUUGAGCUACAUGUCUCCUGAAGCAUUUAUGUGCAAUGAGAGUGAUGCCAAUGGAAACCCUAUUAAGUGUGGUCGACCAUCAGACAUCUGGUCCCUUGGUUGCAUCCUUUAUCAGAUGGUGUACGGGCGGACUCCAUUUGCAGAUUACAAAACAUUCUGGGCGAAGUUCAAAGUUAUAACAGACCCAAACCAUGAAAUUAUAUAUGAACCAGUUUCAAAUCCUUGGCUUCUUGAUCUCAUGAAAAAUUGUCUUGCAUGGGAUCGCAAUGAAAGGUGGAGAAUUCCCCAGUUGCUUCAGCAUCCCUUUCUUGUUCCUCCAAUUCCACCAAAACCAUAUUCGCCUCAAGACCAAUGUAGACUUCUUCAUCUUAUUUCCACCACUUGUACUAGGGACACUGAAGCUUCGAAGCUAUGUUCUCAGUUACAACAACUUCUGGGGGACCCAGACUGGUUAAUGACAUCUCAGUUAUUGGCCUCACCUGACAAACGGUGUAAGUUGCUCUCCCAAAUAUCACAACUUUUCUUUCAGCUAGAAAAACAGUUGUCAAACUCAUUGACAGAUUAGAUGAAUAUCAAAACUUGGUGCUCAAAAUUCUGCUUCAACAACUUGCAAUUCACCUGCCAAAUUCUCAGGUCUGAGUUUGUUUUCUGGUUCCAUCUUUAUUGGUUAUGGUGUUUUGCUUCCAUAUAUUUGUAAUAAUAUGUAAUAUUCCUUCCUGUUGUGUUAUCCUAGUUUAUCUGAAAGAAAGUUCGAAUCUAUUCGAUGAGGCUUGUAAUUACCAUCCUGGUGGGUGUUUUGGUGUGAUCUGAAUACAUGCUGCUGCCUUUUGCAGCAUGAUAAUCAAUUAUACGCAUUCUUUA